AUGAACUUCCUCGAGCGGGUGAGUUCAAGGAUUACCGCAGACUGCUCUCAGGGAUUAAUCACAAUAUUCAUCAAUCAAUCAAUCGCAGCGCUGCUUUGCGCUCAGGUGUUGGGCAGGCUGCACAAGCGCAAUGGAUACUUCUACAGACAGCAGCCGCCGGCACAGCAUCAGUUUGGCAGCGGCGGCAGCUACUUUGAGCCCUCGUUGCCAGGGCACGAGGAAGUAGUGGAGCUGCAUCAUCAUCCACAGCAGCAACAGCACCAGCAGCAUCAGUCGCCACACCACGGCAGCAGCUCCAAAAGCCAUUCCAGUGACAGCAGCAAGGCAGGUUACAGCAUAGGCAGCGGCCUGCGCUCCAUUGCCCAAGGAUCGGCAGAUCAGGCUUACAGCGCCGUCGCAAAUCAACAUGCUGCCGCCAAGCAGGCUGCUUUUAUAGCCAAAAACACCUUGGCGCAAGCAGCAUCACAGGCAGCUGCCACCGCGCAAGCCGCGCUCGCGGGCAAGCAGGUGAUACUACAGGAGCUGGAGCAGCAGGCAGCCGAGGCACAGCGUGCGCUCUCGCGCGAGCUGGAGCAGCUGAAGGCGGCCAAGGUGUCCGCGAAGCUGGCACAACAAACGGCGCAGGCUGCGCACCAUCACAUCUCGGUGCUGACGGCAGCCCUCAACAAUGCCAAGUCGGUGGCCGAGCAAGCAGAGCAAACGGCUACCGAGGUGUCCAAUCAGCAGGCCUCACAGGCCACCAUGGUGGGCCAGGCGAAGAAUCGAAUGGAACAGGUGGAGGAGCAGCUGCAGCAGGCGCGCGUGGACUAUGCUGCCACCAAGGAGUCGGCUCUGAAGGCUGCUUCAUCUGCAGCGGCUGCACAGGUGAAUGCCUCUAAGGCGGCAGCACAUGCUACAGUUGGACUCCAUGAGAGCAUCAAUCAGCAGGAGCAGCACCGUGACGAGGAGCUGGAGUCGUAUGACGAACAGCUUGACACCAGCGGAGUGGGUCACACAGCCAGCGACGGGGCUGAAGAGCGAUCACACUCCGGCUAAUCCACUUCAGAGUAUUACAAUUCUAGUUUAAAUAUUUAUGCGAUUU